AUGUCGAACCCUCGAUCCACCACGAGACCGAUACUUGCGCCUGGCAGUAGAAAACGAAGCGGUAGUACUGCUGACGACUACCAACCUACCACGCCGCGACUCAACGCGCGCUUCUCCGACCAACCCGCUGACGAAAUCCCGUCCGAAGAGUCGACUCUGAAUACACCAACAAGAAGAAGUUUCAAAUUUCCUGCCGACGACUCUGUCGCAUCUGAGCAACAUAAUGAUGCAGUCGGCAUAAGUCGUGAGAACUCGCGUCGUUCGGUAAACUCGCACCAGUCCAGCGAUUCGCAAGACAUCGACAUGGGCGACGAUGACGACGACGAAGGCAACGACCAAGCCGGCUCGAACGACGAAAGCGACGACGACGAGAAGCCUUCGAGAAAGAAGAAGAAGGGCCAGAGAUUCUACUGCAAGGACUUCCCUCCGUGCAACCUCAGCUUCACUCGCAGCGAACAUUUGGCCCGGCACAUCCGAAAACACACGGGUGAACGACCCUUCGAGUGCCACUGCUCCAGACGGUUCUCUAGACUCGACAACCUGCGCCAACAUGCCCAGACCGUUCACGUCAACGAAGAGAUUCCUGGUGAUUCGCUUGCUGCGACUGGGACCAGGUUCCAGAGACAGAUCCGGACCGACCGCGUGCGCCCACCGAACGUAAGACCAAGAGCGUCGACCGCCAGCAGUGGUGGUCACGGACAUGGUGCAUACAGCAGAGGACAUAGCAGGAACCUGUCGGCCUCGAGCGUCCUCUCGACGACCUCUAGCCUGGCCAUGUCAGACAUUGGUGAGAGUCGCCCACGUCCCUCCCCUCUGAUGCUCAACCAAGAUCCCGCGUCUAGAGCGAGGUUGAGUCUCGACACCUUCAACCCUGCCAUUCCCAACAAUGGUCCUCAGUUCGGCUACUACCAGUCGCCUAGUGGAUACAGUUCUCCCACUUCGUCAAACUUCUCGACUGGUGAAGGCAGUCCAAGGUUCCAAGCCACCAUGCAGUCGCCCUCCCUCCCCAUCGCAAGAUCUUCCUUCUACAACGGCAGCAGAACGCCCUCUCGUCGUCUGUCGGUGCCUUCUGGCGCCAGCCCUUACUCUCCGCAGACGGCAAGCUACCAGCCCGUCUUCUUCGCCCCUCUUCCCUCGGGCCCGACUCCCCAGUACUCGAACACGAAUAGCAUGGCCGCAAGUCCGACCGUCUCCACCUUUUCGCACCAACGUCGCGAAUCUGACGCAGAGCUCGAGUGGAGAAGAAGAACAUGGCAUCCUGGCACUCAUGCAAACUAUGCCAGUCGUCCAGCAACCAGUGGUCUAGCUUAUAACCAGACUCCUGAUGAUGCCGCUCCUGCUCUUGCCUCACAACCCGCAGCAAGCCAGAUCACCAGACUCCCCGGUAUCGAGAGCUUUGACCAUGCCCCUCCCCCUCCUGCUGCUCCCGCACGCAAUAUCACUAGCCCUAUGCAAAUCGAUUCUGGCCGUCGCCAAUCUGUUAUUGCUGCACCGCUUGAAGCAUCCACUUCGGCUCCUGGUGACCGUAGAAGCAUAGGCUGGGAGCACAGUCUCCAUCAAGGUCUCAACAGACUCGAGAUUGCUCAGGGCAUGUCACAUCCUCCUGUUGAUCCAUCCCGCAUCCUUCCAAGUCAGCGAACUACCGCCGCGGCAGCUCAGCAGUACGCUCCUGGCUAUGCUCUUCCUCAGCUGCAGCCGUCUGCUGAAAUCCGCCUUGGUACGGAGGAACGUGUAAACAAGCGUCAAGCAUGGUACGGUGGCCCUAUGGGUCCACCUCAGGGAAGUCAGCCAAUCAUGAUUGCGCACCGCACUUCCCCUGAAUCCAGCAGCAGUGAAGGCAUCCCCACGCCUUCCACUUCUCAGAGCAGAGAACUGCACCCUGCUAUCAUGCAUGCAAACGGCAUGGUUGAGCUUCAGCCUCCUGGCGCCGCACUCACCGAUGAGCAAAGGGCGCUCCAGGCUCACUACCAAGGCAAGCCCGAGCCUACCAGAGCAGAUUCGGGCUUUCACAGCUACGUGCACAUGCCCGGCCAACAAGCUGCUGUCUAUAUGAUGCAAACCGGUCACAACAUGCAGAUGCAAUCUCCUGAGUGGCGUCCUGCACCGAUCAAUCAGAGAGCCAACCCUGAUAUGGGCAGACUUGAAGCACUUGUCGCUGUUGCCACUAGUGAAAACAGAGCUGUCGAACACCGCGGUUGA